CCGCCGGCGAGGCGCGAAGAUGUCGGUCCUGAUCGUCACGAGCGUGGGCGACAUCGAGCUGGAUCUCCACACCGACCUGUGCCCCCUCACCACCAAGAACUUCCUCAAGCUCUGCAAAAUGAAGUAUUACAAUGGGUGUCUGUUCCACAAGGUGGAGAAGGAUUUCCUGGCACAAUCUGGGGACCCUACUGGAACUGGCAGUGGUGGUGAUUCCGUGUACAAGUUCCUCUAUGGUGAUCAAGCUCGAUUUUUUAAUGAUGAAAUCCGUCCAGAAUUAAGGCAUUCAAAAACUGGUACUAUUGCUAUGGCAAGUGCUGGUGAGAAUUGCAAUGCCUCACAGUUCUACAUCACUUUGCGGGAUGAUGUCGACUACCUUGACGACAAGCACACGGUCUUUGGGACAGUUGCUGAAGGUCUUGACACACUGACAAAGAUAAAUGAAGCUUAUGUUGAUGAUAAAGGAAGACCGUUUAAGGACAUCAGGAUUAAACAUACAUAUAUCUUGGAUGAUCCUUUUGAUGAUCCUCCUCAGCUUGCUGAAUUUAUUCCUGAGAAUUCUCCAUUAGGAAAGCCACAUGAUGAGGUUGCAGAAGAGCGCCUAGAGGAUAGCUGGGUCCCUCUAGAUGAAACAGUGGAUCCUGGUCAGCUUGAAGAGUUAAUCCGCUCUAAAGAAGCACAUGCUAAUGCAGUGAUCCUUGAGAGCGUUGGAGAUAUUCCAGAUGCUGAGGUUAAACCACCAGAUAAUGUCUUAUUUGUUUGCAAACUCAACCCAGUGACACAGGAUGAAGAUUUAUAUACAAUCUUCUCACGUUUUGGAAGUGUGACAUCAGCUGAAAUAAUUCGUGACUUCAAGACUGGGGAUAGUUUAUGCUAUGCUUUCAUUGAAUUCGAGGCAAAGGAGGCAUGCGAACGUGCAUAUUUCAAGAUGGAUAAUUGCCUGAUUGAUGAUCGGAGGAUUCAUGUUGAUUUUAGUCAAAGUGUUUCAAAAUUGUGGGGUCAGUUCAGACAAAGUAAACGGAAUGGAAAUAAAGAUGGUUGCUUCAAGUGUGGUGCUCCAGAUCACAUAGCCCGAGAUUGUGACCAGGAUGGUGAGCAGAAACCUAAAGCCCCAAAUUAUGUUCUGAAAGAUGAUAACACUCAGCGAGGCGGGAAUAACCGUCGAAGUUAUGAUUUCGUCUUCGAGGAUGAUACUGCUCGUCGGAAUACUGACCGAAGAAAGGUUCAAAAAGUAGAUGACCAGAGAACGCAGCUACCGCCUCGUGGUGACCGCGAUAGGAACGGCAGCAGGGAGAGAAGUCAGAGCCACGAGAAAGGAGGCCUGCAAAGCAAAGAAGCUGUUGUGAGCCGAGGAGGUCAGAGGCCAGACGAUCACCACAGUCACGACAGAUCCGGUGGUCGAAGCUCCGGUAGGCAUGACGACCGUGACUACAGCAAGCAACAUAGCAGGAGCAGAAACAUGGACGGCGGUGAAGAAGACUAUAAACGGAGAUCAGGAUCUGGUCGAUACGACCGGGAUGAUAAGCCCAAUGGCGAGCGGCGCCACAGGGAUGAUGAUGACCGUGGGAAGGGCGAUCGUCACAGGAAAGACGAGCGUGACCGCAGGGCACGGAGCCCUGAUGCUGAUAGACACAGAAGGGAAGAUGCCGGACACCGCGAGGCAAGCAGGCACAGGGAGAGGCGGCACCGGGAUGAUAGAUAGAUGUUGGCUGCUGUACCGCAUGCCAGUUUUGCCCCUGCCAGUUUUCUGCUUACGCUGAGUUUGUGAUGUAGCUUGAAAUCUCUAGCCGUAGACUGUAGACUGUGUAGACUGUAGACUGUAUAAUAUAUGGGAGCUUGGAAAGUUUUCAUCGCAUGUUCAUUUUCGGAAUGUUUGUUGUUUCUAAAUCAAAA